AUGCGGCUCCUAUUCCUGGCGGUGCUCCGGCAGCACACGGGAAACGCAGUCACGGCCCAGCGCGUCCGGGACCAUCUAGAAGCUGCGGGUCAUGUGUGUAUUCUGAAAGAUGCCUUUGACUUUGAAAAUCCAUCUGAAAUCUCAAACUUCAUCAAGGCAGAGAACCUGGAGGCGGCAGUGGCUCUGCAUCUGUACAGAGGAGGCAGACUUUUGCGAGGUAAUGGAAUUCCUUUUGGAAUCAUCUUUGGUGGAACUGAUUUAAAUGAAGAUGUUAACCAGGGAGAUAAAAACAAAGUGAUGGGAAAAGUCCUUGAAGAAGCCAGAUUUGCUGUCGCUUUCACAGAGUCGAUGAAGGAAAUGGCACAAAGACAGUGGCCGCAUGCUAAGGAUAAGAUCUAUGUCCAGAGUCAAGGAAUUGCAACAGUGCCAAACACCGCCAUUAACUGGAAUACUUUUCUUCAGUCUUCAGAGAUUAACCAAAGUGCUGACAAUCUACACAUGUUUCUACUGAUCUGUGGACUCAGACAAGUGAAAGACCCUCUCUAUUUGGUGGAUGCAUUCUCCGAAUGGCAUCAAGAAGAGCCCAACGUUUACAUGGUUAUUGUUGGUCCUGAAGUUGAUCCAGUCUUCACAAGGGAAGUAAAAGCCAAAGUAAAGAGGACCCCUGGGGUACGGCUGAUCAGGGAGAUGGCUCAGGAGGACCUCCAUGCGGUCAUGAAGAAUUGCUUCGCGGUGGUGAAUAGCUCUGUCUCUGAAGGCAUGUCAGCCGCAAUCCUGGAGGCAAUGGAUUUGGAAGUCCCGGUGUUGGCGAGGAACAUCCCCGGAAACUCCGCGGUGGUGAAGCAUGAAGUUACAGGAUUGCUGUUUUCAGACCCUCAGGAGUUUGUUCAUCUGGCAAAGAGACUGGUGAGCGAUCCCGCAUUAGAAAAAAAAAUCGUGGCCAACGGAAGGGAGUACGUGAGAAAGUAUCAUUCGUGGCAGGAGGAGAGACAGACCUACAGGCAGCUGGUCAGGACACUGGAGAGAAACACUGGGGACUAA